AUGGUGGUUCUCUCGCUCAAGCAAAGUGAAUCAAUUAAAUUGUUGUUUGUUGAACAGGGGAAGGGAACAGGAAGCCUCGGAAAGAGGAGGAACAAGAGUCACACACUCUGCGUGCGGUGCGGCCGUCGUAGGUUUCAUCUUCAGAAGAGUCGCUGUGCUUCUUGUGGCUUCCCUGCUAGCCGUAUCAGAAGAUACAAUUGGAGUGAGAAGGCGAUCCGGAGGAAGACUACUGGAACCGGUAGAAUGAGGUAUUUGCGUUACGUUACUGUCCGCUUCAAGUACAACUUCAGACAAGGUACUCAGGCAGGCCCGAGGAAGAAGGGAGCUUCAGCCUCGUCUUAA